AUGGCAGUUGAAAAUUCUUAUCUUUUCUUAAACGCAAUAACAGUUUAUCAAUAAGAUCACCACAAGCCACAAGUCUUUCUAGAGUGACAUCAUUUAAUAAACAUGUUAAUUUGUUCUUCACAAAUUUGAAAACAGUCCACAAUCGUUUAAAAAUGGAGUCAUUUGACAUCUGGAAUAUGGAUGAGACAGGGAUUACUACUGUUCACACUCCUAAUCGUGUAGUUGCAUGUCGUGGGAUGAAGCAAUUAGGAAAGAUGACUUCAGCUGAAAGAGGGACUCUCGUUACCGUUGCAGUUGCAGUUUCAGCUAUAGGAAAUAUGGUCCUACCAUUUUUUAUAUUUCCAAAAGUCAAUUACAAAAAUCAUUUUAUACAAGGAGGCCCUCUUGGAGGUGAUGCCAAUCCAUCAGGUUGGAUGAAAGAAGAACAUUUUAUAAAAUAUUGUAAACAUUUUGAAUAAACUAAAUUCUUCAUCCUCGAAUGAGAUAGAUGAUGCAAUGUGUCUCGUUUGCACAGACAGUUAUAUAAAAAGUAUUUCAGGAGAAGAGUGGAUACAAUGUAUGAAAUGUAGCAUGUGGAAACAUUCUAAAUGCAUAAAAAGCAACAUAUCGUAUUAUAUUUGCUAUAACUGCAAUUCGGAUGACAAUUCGGAUUAAAUAAAUUACUUAUCUAA